UCAGUGAACUCGUGCUUCAUGACGUGUCCUAAAGGAAAGUGAAAUCAGCAGGACUGGGAAGCAUUUGUGCAGGGUGUCCAGAACUUUCUUGCCAAUCAGAGAGCAGAGAAUUGUGCUGAGCUUGUGUAUAACAUGCUGGAAGCAGUUCAGCUCAUGAGUACCAGAAUGUCAGUGGAGAUGCACGUUUACAUUUCUCAUCUCAACCAAAUCACGGAGAUGUCAUCGAUGAGCAUGGGGACAUAUGUCAUCAGUGAUGAGAAACCGACAUCAGGGAACUUUUAAUUUGAGCGUGAUGGGAAAAUACUGUUGCGUGUCCCUCAAACAUCUUUUCUUUAGAGCUUAAGUGGCAGGAAUGUGCUCUAACGCCGAAUAGAAACAUCAAAACUAACAUUCUGGGAGAAGGAAAAAGGAUCGAUUGGAUAGUUUGGUGAUGUUCAUCUCAAAAACGUGACGAGCAAAUGUUGACAAGGAAGCCCUAGAUGAGCAGGUGAGAGAGAAAAGGGAACAAGUAGAAGCUGCAAAAAAGGAACAAAACGCUUAUGAUGCUGAUAUGCUCCGUUAUGGCAAAGUAGCUUGCAUUGUCGACAGCCGCCAAAUGAAGGAGAAGCGUGCACUGGAAAAAGCCGUUGUCGCCUACAGGCAGCAAUACCAGCAUCCUGAAGAUCGGCGAGAGUAUGAUUUGAAUGAUCCCAGCCGUAUUAAAAAAGUAGAGCAGAGUGAUGCACAGAUGAUGCCUCCUGGCCUGGUGGGUGAAGACCCAGAAAGUAAGAUCAGGCAGCAGAACCAGAGGGAACAGCUCAGAGAGUGGCUCACCCAGCAGCAGACUGAGCAGGCAGCGGAAAGGCAUCAACAAGAGCUGGAAGAGCAGCGUUAUGACCAAAGCAGAGUAGAAAUGGACAACAGAGCUGUGCAACUUCAGAGCCUUGAGAUAGAAAGGAGAAAGGCAGCUGCCAUCGCCACUAAAGGCUUCAAUCGGUCUAUGGCUGAAGAAAAGCGCUGUCAAGACAAAGAAAUCAAUGGCAGCCAGUUUCAAGGUACCCCGAGUACGGUGGCCGUGCCCGGCCUGAGUCCCAGCAGUGACAGGAGAACAGCUCCUGAGAGCCUGCAGCAGAUCAUUCAAAUCCAGAAACAUCAAAUGGAGGAGAAGAGGAGAAAAGAACUGGAGAAGAAACAUGAAGAAGAGCGGCACGAUCGCGUGCGCCUGAACUCAGCUCGUACCACUCUGCUUAUUGAGCGGCAGCAGGCACGAAUGAACAGGCAGCUGAGGCGAGACCUGGACAGCGCCAACGCCCAACUGGCCGAAACACACAAACAACAGAAACCAGACAUUAAAAGAGGAUGUAUUGAUGACAGCUUCUUCUCCAAGUUCAACACCUGCAGCAGAUGAGGGGUGAUGCACCGCUCUGAUACCAGUGAUGGUGUUACAUAAAAAGAACAAUGAAUAACCAGCUGCUUUUAUGUGAAAUGUAGUUCAGAACAUUCAUGUUUGCAUGAUUUGAAAACUAUUAAUUAAAUUUCAGGUACUGCUUUAAAAAGUAGCCUCUGAAAGAUGAUUACUUUUUGUGUUUCAAGUCUUUCGCGCAGUUUUGCCUGCAUAAGCAAAUAUUAAUUACUAGUCAGUUGAAGGCGUAAGUGUUAAAAUUACAUUCAAGUAAAAAGUCUUACAGAUGUUGUU